AUGUCGAAUGGAAACCUCCAUGAUCUCCUCUUUUCUGCUCAAAACGGCAAGGUCAAGUGCAUAGAAUGGCCUAUGAGGGUGAAAAUAGCAGUUGGGAUUGCGAGAGGACUUUCAUGGCUUCAUCAGGUUGGAGUAGUACAUAGCAGCAUUUGUUCAAGAUGCAUAUUGCUUGAUCAUAGUUGUGAACCCAAGAUAUCCAACUUUGGAAGUGCAAAACUUUUGAAAUCGAACUUUACUUCUUCGAGUUGGAGAACUGUGGUAGAUAAUGAAGUAUGGGCGUCGGGUUCGUUUAAGAAGGAUGUCUAUGAGUUUGGAGUUGUGCUUCUUGAGUUAAUUGCUGAAAAGGAAUUUAGCCAAAUGAAUGGUUAUCUGAAGAGUUUUGAAGGUCUUGAUAUGGUCGAAUGGACAUUUCAGAACUCCAAACCAUGCGAUUCGGAUGAGAUUAGGCAAGCAUCUGAAAACGAGAUCCUUGAGUUUGUUAGAGUUGCAGUUGACUGCAUUCAAUCUAAUCCGGCAAGAAGGCCAUCCAUGCUAGAAGUGUACAAAACAUUGAGCAAAAUCACUGGGAGAUCAGGACUCGCAAAUGAUUAA